GUUUAAUUGAUAACGAACAGAACGAGCGUAAAGUCGUGUUUUUCUAAUUGUUGUUGAGGCGUUCGAUGCGUGCCGAGUUGACUUUAUUAGUGUGCGCCCCGUUGUUCAGUUUUUAACCAUUUUCCGAUACAGGUGUAAAUGUGCGAGUCGUCAGAUCUUUUCGUGUGGCGUUGAUGUCUUUUUAUUGUCGCUGUUCUGGUGUGUUUUCAUUUGUUUUUUGCUUUGUUUAGAAUUGUUUAUAACGUAGGUUGACUGUUUGUUCGGUCCGGUACUGCGGUAUAUAACAACAACAAUUUGCCCAAGUGUGAAGUGUAAAUAAUAACGUAGAAAAUACAUCGCACAGCGUAACGAAUCAAAGCAAAAAAAGUCCAAUAUUGUGUCUUAUAAUUAUGGAAGAAUAGUUUUUUUCUAAUUUCUAAAAAAAAAACAACAACAUUAAAUCCAAGAAAUUGCUGUAGUUGUCACCGCACAUAAAUGAAAGACUGAUUUCAGCAUCGGCUGGCUAUAUGUAAUACAUUCGAGAUUAUUGGGUGGUGUUCGAAAAAGCAAUGAACCCAAAAAAUGGGUUAUUUUGGCAGUUAACACUACUUUUAGUGGCAACAUGCGGAUGCGGCCAUGGCAGUGGGAGAGAAUCACAGUUGAGAGUAGGCAAGGCUCUCAAUGUGUUCGUGCGCUUUGGUUACUUGGGAAUAUCGAUGAGGGUUAUACCAACCAAUGACACAGCCGAAGAGGUGCGAUGGUUGUUCAAGGAGCCCACCAGAAAUAUUUAUAAGGAUGUCAAUAGUUUUGCGGAGAGCAACGAGCAGAAUGCUCCCAACAUUUUUCAUGGCGAUUUUCACAUGGAGUUUUGUGAUAAUCGCCGCCAACUGUAUCAAGCCUAUUUUCGGGAUUUUACCAUAGAACGGUUAGAUCGACCCUGGGAAGCAUUUACAGGUGGCUGGUUUCCCGACAAUGCGGCCAAGAAAUUGGGCAUCAACACUUCCUUCAUCCAGGGUGAUUAUUCGUAUGUUCUGGUAAGGGUGGUGCGUUUCCGGGAGACGGGAAAAUUCAAAACAGAUCUGCCUUUAAACCUGACGCUGGAAAACGAUGUGAGGGAGCGCAUGAAUGACAUAGUGGCGGGAAAUGUUACCACAGCUGUAAAGUUCUUUGAGAAUGUGGGAACUCAUUACAUCAACUCAUACACCACUGGAAAUUCAUUGUAUCAGGUCUUUGUCUAUAAUCGUAAAAACUACCAAAUGAUUAAGGAACGCAUCAAAUCCAAAGGAAUUCACUCUUUGUCCAAGCAUGACUUGUAUAAUUUCUUUGCUCCUUGGUUUGCCGAGCACCUGGGUCAAAUUCGCUCGGCAAGUGCCAACAAUACCGUCGAGCGGUGGGCCCGUCGCAAGCUGCAAUAUCAAUAUCUGGUGGUAAAAUAUGUCACUCUGCUCAAGCUGCAUGGCAAUGGAACGCUUCUCAGAACCUUGGAUGCUCUGCUGGGCAAUGAUGCCAUAUUGCAGUUAGAUUUAAAGUCCCUUAACGUCAUAUUCCGCGACGAACCCGAGAAGCAAAAUUGGUUCCACGAGGUGCUGGAUAAUCACAUGGAGCUGUGGGAGGCCAACAUGCCGCAGAAUUGAACUGAAAAAUUGGCCAAUGAAGCGAAAGUUCCUAUUGCUAGAGAAACCGAAACGACGAUUUACUCGGUCAGCCAUGUUGUUCUGUACUGCCGUUUAGAGCCUGUAAAAGCAAUGCCUUUCUCUGGGUUGGUUCCACACUGAGCAUUUAGCUGGAAUUAGUUUCUAAACAACAAAUGUUUUUAUGUCAUAAAAUCGUAAGAAAAAAAAAACACAAUUUAAUGCCUGUGAUAGUUUUUGUAGCAC